CUUACCAUCUCCGCCAGGUUGCCAUUGUCUUGUAAACAAAGUGGCUAGCUAGCACGGUUAGCGUCAUCUGAGAGACUGGACCUUGGUCAGUGUGUUUAUUUGAACCUGACGGCAGCACAGAGAGGUUUAAUAUUAUAUCGUGUCGUCUCCAAACGCUGCACCUCAACAAGACGCUGAAAGCUGCGUUGUGCUCCGGUUCAUGGAGGAGUUCCCACAGAGCAAGCUUCUGAAAAACUGAAGAAUGUAGCUAGGUGGGGGUAACGUUGCUUUAUUUGAGCCUUUCCUCGGUGGUGGUGAGGACAAGAAAGAAGUGCCAGAGCGCAGCGUGAGACCUGAUCUUCACUAAGUUGUGUCUGCUGGCUUGGACACACUGAGUGUGUGUGUGGAUGUUUGUAUGGGUGUGCUUGACUGCACACAGAUUUAGGACCCUGGCCUGAUGGAAAAGAGAGACAGGAAGCCGGGAUAUUUUGCCAGGCUGAAGAGGCGGAGACAGCUCAAGCAGAGCCAAUCAGAGAGGAAUGUGAAUGGGCAGAACGCGGCAAUCAUCUCGUGUCCAGAUGUCCCCAAUGACAACGACAGCGACCCCAACAAGAAGACAGACCUGCAGAGAAUAACAGCAAAGACACCUGCAGGCUCAGAUGGUGGAUGUAAAGGAGUUAAAAAGGAGAAGAAGAGGCCACCGGGCACAGUGGAGUUCAUUGUGGGACCUAAUGAUUCCCUCAACAGCAUCGCACUCAAGUUCAACAUCACCCCAAACAAACUGGUCCAGCUGAACAAGCUCUUCUCUCGCAGCGUCUACCCCGGUCAGAAACUGUUUGUGCCUGAUGUGAGCCAGUCAGAAACAGACUUAAAGUCUCCCAGUUUCUCCGAUCCCGCCUUCACUAAUGGUUUGUCUGAGGAGGCAUCACAUGAUGGUAUUCCAAACUGCAGGUCAGCGAGGUCGAUCCGGCGUGAGCUCUCCCCGAACUCAGAGGACGAGAGCCCGGCAACGGUUAAAUUCAUCAAGAUGAGUUGUAAAUACUUCACUGAUGGAAUGGGAGUGGUGGGAGGCGUGCUGAUCGUCACCCCCAACAACAUCAUGUUUGACCCCCACAAGUCAGACCCCCUGGUCAUCGAGCACGGCUGUGAGGAGUACGGCCUGAUCUGUCCCAUGGAGGAGGUCAUGUCUGUGGCUCUCUAUGAUGACGUGUCACGCAUGAAGCUCAAAGAUGCCCUGCCGUCAGACCUACCCCAGGAUCUGUGUCCUGUAUACAGGCCCGGUGAGUGGGAGCAGCUGCCAUCAGAGCGAGACCUAAACCCCUUCAGUCGCUAUGAAGCUCUGGAUCCAAAGCGACCCAUCGUCCUGGACGAGAUGGAAUCAACACUUGUUGAAACUGUGGGUGAGCAGACAGAAAAGUCUCCAUCAGAUGAAGGAUUCACAGAGUUGGAGUCGACAGUGACUGGAAGCACUGAAGAGGCAGAGGGAACAUCCUCAAAAACACCCAACAUCGUCAGCAGGGACCAACAGGACCAACAAGGACCAAGCUGCUCAGGCCGGGGAGACCUCCAGUACAAGUUGGCACUUUGUCAAACUAAAGGGAAGCUGGAUGACGAUGAGGAUGAAGGCGUAGCUCAGAACAGCUCCAUAGAGGACGGAGAGUCAAUCCAAUCAUCCUCAGAGACUGGAAAACAGGGUGACUUGCAUGAUAAACCUACAACCCAAGAGGUAACUGAAACCAAAGAUAUCAAAACGAAAGGGAAACAAGAGCUGCUAAAUGGUGUAGAUGAUAAAAUAAUCUGCGCACCAAUGGACCAAAACAAGAAGUUGAAUCUGAAGGAGGCUUCGGAGGUUUGUGGGCACUCAAGUCCUAUGAGGCAGAGCCCAGACAGAUCAGCAGAGGGGGGUGAACUCAGUGAAGAGGAGAUACGGAAGAAAAGCUACGAGGCAGAGGUGAAGUCAUGGCUGUUGGAGAGGAUGCAGGCUCCAAUUGAAGACAUGCUUUUCUCAUCAGAGGAGAAGAGUAAAAACCCACCCAUGUUCCUCUGCUUCAAAGUGGGAAAGCCGAUGAGGAAGUCCUUUGCCACGGGGAUAACCUCAAGUCCCGCCCACUCAUUUGGAGCGCGGGGAAAACAGCCGGAGUACUGGUUUGCUGUGCCACAGGAGAGGGUGGACCAUCUGUAUGCUUUUUUCGUCCAGUGGUCUCCCGAUGUGUAUGGAAAGGAGGCAAGAGAGCAGGGCUUCAUCGUGGUGGAGAAAGAUGAGCUGGACAUGAUCGACAACUUUUUCAGUGACCCGGCGUCUUGCAGCUGGGAGAUUAUCACCAUUGACGAGGCGAAGCGUAGGCAGAGUUUUGGCAGCUGUGAUGGAGACUUGUCUGUAGAUGCACUGCCUGUACUGAGUGACAUCAGUGAUCUGAUGCAGGACACACACACUGAGAAGCUCGCCUGUCGUCUGCCAGCCCGUGUGCAGGGUUACCUGUGGAGACUGGCGUACAGCACUGUGAAACAUGGCACCAGCCUCAAGACGUUGUACAGGUCCCUGGCAGAUUUAGACAGCCCUGUGCUGCUGGUCAUCAAAGACAUGGAUAACCAGAUAUUUGGGGGGUUCUCGACUCAUCCCUUCAGAGUGAGCGAACACUGCUACGGCACAGGAGAGACGUUCCUCUUCAGCUUCUGUCCUGAGAUUAAGGUUUACCGCUGGACAGGGGAGAACUCGUACUUUGUGAAAGGCAACACUGACUCUCUGCAGAUGGGGGGAGGAGGUGGUCAGCUGGGUCUUUGGCUUGAUGCCGAGCUGUACCGAGGCACCACCACCAAAUGCGCCACCUUCAACAACCAGCCGCUCUCCGCCCAGCAGGACUUCAACAUCCACAGUGUGGAAGUCUGGACCUUUGAGUAGCGCCGCCAGCUUCAGCUACUUCUCUAUAUUCACUCUCUGCAACCACAAUCCUAAACCUUCAAACACCCCCAAGUCUAUUAUGCACCACUUGGAGGCCAGCGUAGCUACCCGAAAUUACACUAAAUGUUGUGUGAGAGAAGACAGAAAGCAGCCUGUCGAGUUUUUACUCGACUGCAAACAGGAAGGAAAAGUAAUCACUCACAUUUGGAAGGUGUGAUUGUUUUCUGUGAUUGUUGACUGCUUUGUCUGCCUAUCACAAUAAGGGUUUGACCCGCUGGUAUGUUUGCCAGUUUAUGUCUGGUUCGUCAUCCCUACAAAAGGUGGAAAUGUGAGAAAAUGUUGCUCUCAGUUCAUUGGCUGCCUUAGACACCCGACAACACCUCCAGCUUUUCCAGCAUGCAGACUGCCUUACCACCAUAAGCUUAUGAGAAGAGGAGGAACGAAGAGGAAGGCUGAUUUUUGACCUCAUGGCUUUGAGGGCUUAAAAAAAGUCAGUGUGCUGAUCUAACUGUCUUGAGUUAAUCCCUAAAAAGUGCUGUUUUUAAGUGUGUAUGAAAGAAUGAGGGGUCCCACAAUGCUGUCAGUGUAUUUGUGCGGAAGUAACAGUUGAUGUAAUUUGUAUGUUUAGGAAUGUACAAGAUCAUGUACUGAUAUCCGUACUGAAGAAUAUCUUUUUAUAUCACGCAAUGACCUUGAAACUUGAAAGACGUUUGAAAUUGCCAGGGAGGAUUUUAAAGUAGCGAGUUUGAGAUUGUCAAACUUAAUCCUCCAUCAUUAAAUCAAGUUUAAAAUGGGGGGACACGUAAUUGUUUACAAGUGUUGCACUUCCUCCGAAGGCCAUCUUGUUCUUUUAUUUUGAGUUCUAGACUAAAUGAAUGAUAACUGUGUUUCUUCAAAACCUCAUCAUGUUUUCAUUCCACGUCCCCCCACCAUCCAAAACAAGCGCUGAAGCCAGGAAACACGCAAGCAGAAAGUUUGCAAUGACCAAAUAUGUUUAUAUAUGUUGUGAUCAUAUUUUAGAUAUUAUUUUAGAUUUGUUUUUAAUUUUUACAUUUUAUUUUUACAUUUCUGUUUUUACAAAGAAAGGUUCAGUUUAGUUUUUUUUGUUUUUUUUAUGGUCAAGAGACUGACGCAUUCCAACUAGCACUAGAAGUGACUGAAGAAACUGUUGUCAGUAUUGAAUUCAUUUUUGACGCUGACUCGUUUUUAUCUCUUUUGUUCUUCAUUUGUCCUCAUUGUCGUUCAGAGUUACAGCCAGUAAAAAUAUAACAAGAUGUCACUUUGCACUACACAAUUAACGGACAGUUCACGCCGUGUUGCGGCCCCGCGUAAUUUGAGCAUUUUAAAAAUUGUUACUGAAUGUUUACAUCACCCCUACAAGAGGGAAAGCUGCCUGUCCAGCCACAGGUCGGCCUCUGCGUCACUUAAAAUGGGUGGGAAAAGGGAUAAUCUGUUGGUCUUUAUUGCACUCUGAUAUGCCACUAACUAAAAAAUUCAGUUCUACUAACAUGGAAAAAGAAAUGUUCCUAUAUAUCCUGUUUAUCUGAUACAGGCUUGAAGCGCAUGAAUAUGAAAUUCUGCAACUGUUUGACACCAUUGUUAUGAUACCUGCCAUACUGUUCACUAAUGCCAGUUAUCAAUAGCUUCAUGUGAAAAUGAGCUCUGUUUUUAGCUAUUCAGUGUUGUAACUGUGAAUGCUCCCUAAGUAUUAUUUCAUGUGAAUCCAAAACUGCUGUGUUCUGUGAUAUCACUAAGGAUCUAUUUAUUGUUGUUAUUGCAACCACAUUUAAACCUAAAUAAAUGUUCG